AUGGCGUCAUCAAACGGUAAGGAGAGUGGAAAAAUAACAGCGUCGAUAGACAGUUUAAAAUUAUCGAGUAAAAAUACAUCAAAACAUGCAUCAUCUGAAUCGGUUCUGUCAAAAAAAGACAAGGAGUGCUUGCAAAUGCAAGAGUGCAAGAAGAAAUUACUGGCUAUGGAACCACAGAUCAUCAUACGAGAUGAAAAUGUGGUGUUGCGAUCUCCGCCUCAGAAGAAAAUCGUGAUGCCUCCAACAAUAAAUCCAGAGGAGCUAGCUGCUGCAACACCAACACAGCGAAACUGGCGCGGGAUUCUCAUAGCACUACUGGUGAUCGCAGCUGUGCUGGGAUUGAUAGUAUUCAGCAUAGCACUGUUGACUCCAGCUGGUGACGAUGGCAGAGGACGUGGUAGAAGGCCAACUCUCGCUGACGUUCUGACUGACCAUUAUAAGCCAUUUAAUGGUACAUGGCUAUCAGAUGAGGAGCUGGUAUUUCGAGACCGAUGGGGGGGCCUGACGUUGUUCAACGUGAAGAACUUCACGACCAGAUUACUUAUGAAUAAUUCUACUUUUAGGGAGCUGAACGCGGUCGACUUUAAGGUGUCUGCGGAUUUGAAGUUCGUCUUACUCAUCUCAGACGUGAGACCGGGAUGGAGACAUGCUCGACUCGCGAGAUAUCACGUUUAUGAUGUCAUCACAAGGAACAAAAUCCCGAUAUCUCCAGUCGAAGAGGACAGAACAGCGCCGUUGCUGCAGUACGCGGAGUGGGCGCCAACUGGCUCAGGUCUGGUCUUCGUGUACGACAACGAUAUCUACUACAAGCCAAAGGUGCUGAAGACUCUUGUCUGCAGGAUCACUAGUAAUGGCAUCCCCGGAGUGAUCUUCAACGGUGUACCGGAUUUCUUAUAUGAAUCAGAAGUGUUAAGACUGGAUCGAGCGCUUUGGUUCAGCCCAGACGGCCAAACCCUAAUGUAUGUUACGUACAACGACAGUCUCGUACAGCAGCACAAAUACCCCUGGUAUGGGUUGGACCAGCAAGAACCGCCAGCUUACCCAACUAUCAGGACCUUGAGAUAUCCAAAGAUGAACACAAACAAUCCGGUAGUGACCCUGUACGUCGUCAGCAUCAAAACGCCAAAAUUUCUAUUCCCGCACGCCAUACAGUUUAACUCACCAGUUGACAGCAGUUGGUACGUGCGCUGGUCGAGCUGGAUAUCGGAGCGCCAGAUAGCCGUCCUGCUACUCAAUCGACCGCAGAACGUUUCGAUCAUCAGCAUUUGUAACGCAGUUCAAUAUAAUUGCCAAGAUAUCUACCGAGAUGAAUCAGACGGCACGCGCUGGUCAGGUUUAGGAUCUGAUCCAGUUGAAGAAGACUGCGGGUGGUGUGGGGGAGGCGCUCUAGUAGGCGGAAAGAGUGGAGUAUUCACAACUGCCCCUAUAACUGAUCAAGGUGGUAUUUGGAGGCACGCUGUUCAUCUAACCCAGGAUACGCGGACCACUAUCACUCAAGGGAGCUUCGAAAUCACACAAUUAGUUGGUUGGGACGAGAGAAGAAGGCUACUGUACGUAAUCGGAACAGCUCCAGAAAAAGCUGGUGAGAGACACGUGUACCGAGUGUCGGUGCCCGUGGACGGCUGGCCACCACCACCAUUCUGUCUCACUUGCCCCGGCAACGUACCAGAUAGCACCGUCGAACCUAGCACAGAAGAACUGGAGUACGACAACGCGACAUCUGCGUUGCCCGCGUGGCCGACGUCGACGGUGCUGCCGCAUGUCGCUGAUGAGAAUGAUUCCUUACCGACAGUAUGUCUGUACAAUCGCGUCAUGUUCAGCAAGAAUUUCUCGUAUUUUGUUCAGGAGUGCCUGGGCCCGGGCGCGCCGGCCACGUUCGUGUGCGCGGCGGGCGGCGCGCGGCGCGCGGUGCUGUGGGACGGCGCGCCGCUGCGCAGUCAGUUCGCCGCGCUCGCCGCGCCGCAGUCCAAGGUCUUCAGAGUCGAGGUGCAAGCGCACAGAGAGGCUCGCGUCCGUCUCUUACUGCCGCCCGGACUGAAGGAGACUGACGACCUGCCGCUGCCAUUAGUUUUACACGUAUCAGCAGAACCAGGCGGACAGCUUGUGACUGAACGAUGGCGCCCAGACUGGGGCUGGUACUUAGCUACAGCUAGGAAUUUCAUAGUUGCUGAAAUUGAUGCAAGAGGAUCUGGGGGGCAGGGCGAAGAGCUCAGAACAGAAAUAUACCAGAGAUUACUGUCGGUUGAUGUCGAAGACCAAAUAGCAGUUUUGUCGUAUCUCCGAGACAAUUUGAAAAUGGUGGACGGCGCCCGCGUGGGCGCGUGGGGCCGCGGGCUGGGCGCGGGCGCCGUGCUGGCGCUGGCGGCCGGCGACGCGCGCAACCUCACGCGCUGUCUGGCACUGCUGGCGCCGCUCGCCGACCUGCGACAUCAUAACUCGUACUGGACGGAGCGGUACAGCGGCGCGGGCGGCGGCGGCGCGGCGCUGGCGGUGUGGCGGCGCGCGGGCAACCUGCCGCCGCGCCGCGUGCUGCUGGCGCACGCCACGGCCGACCUGCGCGCGCCGCCGCCGCACGCGCUCGCGCUCGCGCGCGCGCUCAUCCGCGCGCAGGCGCUCUACACGCACCAGGUCUAUCCUGACGAGGGCCACAAUUUCGAGCGAUCUUUACUCCACGUUCAUAAAACAAUGGAACAAUUCUUCGACGAAUGCUUCGGACCAGUAGAGGUGGCGGACUGGGACGCGGGUGGAGUGGGAGGACUCUUCCCUUUCCGUGACUAGUGGAAUGAGGAGGGGUAGAGAAACC